CCCACAUGUCCAAAACAAAUAAAAUAUUUAUUUGGCUGAAACAAACAUAAUCUAAUUUAAUUCCCAACAAAUGGAAUUUGUUGGAAGAGUAACGCAAUGCAAGCACGUAGGUACAGCUGUCUCCAUGUCUCCAUGAACAGUGUCCAAGACCAGGUGUCCCCACCGGAGAGAACCUAUAACUCAGUUCUGAUGAAGAAGGAACCGAGAAAUUGAACCACAUGACCCGAAUGGAGUUCACGAAAUUGAAUUUCCUCCUUAACUCGAAGUGGGGAUCGACGGUGGCGAGCAUAUGGAUCCAGUGCACCAGCGGGUCACUCUACACAUUCUCCAUCUACUCACAAACCAUAAAGUCAACGCAGCGCUACGAUCAGUCAGCACUCGAAUUCGUAUCCGUCUCCAAGGACAUCGGAGUCAACGUCGGCGUCCUCUCCGGCCUCCUCUACGACUUCCUGGCCCGCAGAACUACGAUCGGGCCCUGGCUCCUCCACCUUUUGGGCUCGGCCCAAUGCUUCUUGGGCUAUUUUCUCAUGUGGGCCGCCGUCGCCGGACUCUUACCCCCGGUGCCCUUGCCCGUCAUGUGCUUGUUCAUGUUCGUGGCGGCACACGGGCAGAGCUUCUUUAACACCUCUAACGUUGUCACCGGCGUGCGUAAUUUCCCCAACAAUAGCGGAACCAUCGUCGGCAUUAUCAAGGGAUUUCUUGGUCUGAGUGGAGCAAUAUUAAUUCAAAUGUACGGAACAAUAUUCAACAACAAGCCUAUGUCAUAUCUUCUGACGCUAGCGCUCUUACCACCUAUAAAUACAUUGCUACUUAUGUGGUUUGUAAGAAUCCACAACACUCAGGAGGCGGAAGAAAGGAAGUACCUGAAUAUGUUUUCUUCGAUGGCUCUGGUUGUUGCUGCAUACCUUAUGGUUGUUAUAAUCCUAGAGAACAUCUUUAGUCUGCAAUCAUGGGUGCGCAUAUUUAUAUUUGUUGUGCUUAUGGUGUUGCUAGCCUCACUUCUUUGCAUUGCAUUUGAAGCACAUGAAAAGAACUCCGGUAGAAGUUUUCUAGAUGAGGGGUCACCACUAAUUGUCGAGCCAAGCCCCGAGGAUACUACAGAAAAGGAGGAUGCAAGGAAAGAUUCUUUCAACAAUCAAAGGACUAAUUUGCAACUAGGAGAAAACCUGAAUCUUUUCCAAGCAGUGAAAACUGUGAACUUUUGGGUUUUGUUUGUUUCUGUGGCAUGUGGUAUGGGAUCAGGACUUGCAACUGUUAACAACUUAGGCCAAAUAGGGGAAUCCCUUGGUUAUACCAGCCAUGAGACAGGUUCCUUGGUUUCUUUGUGGAGCAUUUGGAAUUUCCUGGGACGCUUCGGAGCCGGUUAUGUGUCGGAUUAUUAUUUGCACACAAGAGGAUGGGCAAGACCUUUAUUCAUGGUCAUCACUUUACUGAUCAUGAGCAUUGGCCAUGUGGUGAUUGCUUCUGGACUUCCGGGUGCCCUGUAUGCCGGUUCGAUAUUGGUUGGUAUUUGUUAUGGCUCUCAGUGGUCACUAAUGCCCACAAUCACUUCUGAGAUAUUUGGUGUUGGAAAUAUGGGCAGCAUAUUCAACACCAUUACUAUAGCAAGUCCAGUGGGAUCUUAUAUAUUCUCUGUGAGAGUGGUUGGAUAUAUAUAUGACAAAGAAGCAUGGGAUGGAAAUACUUGCAUUGGAACUCAUUGUUUUAUGUUUUCUUUUCUCAUAAUGGCUUCUGCCGCUAUUCUGGGUUCUCUGUCGGCUUUAGGUUUGUUUUUCCGGACAAAAAACUUCUAUGGUCAGGUUAUACUCAGAAGAAUUCAAAAUAUUCAGUGAUGGAGUAAAGAGAUCAGGUUGUAACAUACUGUGAAGGAAUAAUGGAUUAUAUACUUUACUGAAUCCUGACAUGGGGUUAGAAAGAAAAUUGGUGUCAUUCCGUUGCAUGUGAGGUUGUUUCAAUGUUAACAAAUACAUUGAUUUACACUGUAAAGAUGUUUAUAUCACUACCUGGGAGAAGUAUGUGUAUGUCCAAGCUUUUAGAGGCUUAGUAUUGUAUCGGCCAAGUGAGAGGUAAAGGGGUGAUGAAAAUCAAUAUGUACAUUCUUGGUACAUGAUCCCUUUGAUUCUUCUACCUCGUGGCUUCAUAGUUCAUACUUUUCUGAUUUGAAGUUAGAAUAUGUCUCGUAGUUACAGAAUUCACUUAAUAAUCUUGCAUACGCAUAUCAAAUUCAGUUUUAACC